UGGAUAUCAUAUGAAGAGCAACUCAUCUCUUUCUGUCUUGUUCUUCAUACAACGCUUAUAUAUACAUCUCAACCUCUGUUUCUUGCUUCCUCGUCUCUCUCUCUCUCUCUCUCUCUCUCUCUCUCCCUCCACUGCAAUGUAUCCUUCCAAACCAGUUGAGUCCGCACCUCCGGUGACAGGGGUGCCUGUGACGCUGAAUCCUAAUAUCCAUCACGUCCAAUCCCCGGUUCCAGUACUAUGGUCUACAGGCCUCUGCGACUGCAUGGAUGAUGUCGGAAAUUGCUGUCUAACUUUCUGGUGUCCAUGCAUUACAUUUGGCCGGAUUGCAGAAAUAGCGGAUAGAGGCACAACUUCAUGUGGGACGGCCGGAGCACUGUACGUGAUUAUAGCGCUCUUGACUGGGUGCCAAUGGAUAUACUCGUGCUCUUACCGAUCCAAGCUCCGACGGCAGUACAACCUGCCGGACUCCCCUUGCUGCGACUGCUGUGUUCACUGGUGCUGCGAUGCCUGCGCCUUGUGUCAAGAGUAUAGAGAGCUCAAGAACCGUGGAUACGACAUGACUAUAGGGUGGCAAAUGAAUAUGGAAAGAAGGGGCCAGGGGACGACCCAACCACCAGUUAUGCAAGGAGCUAUGUUGCGGUAAUGAGAAGCUGAGUAUAUGGAAACGGUGAAGCAUCAUAUAUGUGAAAGGCUUGCUUAUGUGUUUGUGUGUGUGUGCGCGGUUCCCUUCUCUGCUUCAUUCCUCCUUGUUUUAUUUGAUGCUGCUGAAUAAAAUACAAGGGAGAGGCAGAUGGGGCGGUGGAUUAGGUAGCAUCUUUUGUAGUUAACCAUUCGGAGGACCAUCUAUAGAAGCUAGGGUGAGAUGGAGCUGCCUACGGCUCUUCGUGAUGUGCUGCUUUUUAAUUUUUUUGGUUGUAUUCGUACACGUUAUGUAUGAUAUUUUGAUUUUUAGUUAAAAAAAUAAAAUAAAAUACAAAGUGUUGAAUUAAAUGAGUAGAUGAUGUUGCCAAAAUAAAAGGUUGUGAGUUGAAGUUGACUUAUUUGAAGUUGAUUUA